GCCUAGUGUCUACUCUACUUCAACGGCCGGUCGCAACACGCUCCAGGAAGACGAAGAGCUUUCGAGAAUCAAAGGUACACAGCCUGUCCGUGUGGGUGGCAUGGGAAAGGGACACAGACAAUAAACAGCAUAGUGAGACGCUGACAUGCACACACGGCUGCGUACCCGUCCAGGAAGACCUCCGUUCCCCCCACAGCAGCGUUUUUCAUCUCAUCAAUCCGGCCCUCGGUGAUUUGGAAGUCCAUGAUGGUGCACCGUUUGCUCGCCCCCGGCUCAGCGUGGCAUAUCUGAAUGGACGCACACACAUCACAUCAACGGACACCGGAGCUGGCCGAGAUCCAUUCACGCCACCCCUCUUGUGACCGACUGACUGACAUUGACAUGCCAGUCCCCAUUUGGCUCGGCCGAGAAGGUGAAGCGAAGCUGCCGGUACAGGGACUUAUCGAUGGCUGACGACACAUUCAGCAACACCUGAGUGGACAAGAGGAGACGUGACCUUUCUGGGUCAGCGAGUCAUUGUGUCUCGCCCGUCACCUUUUUGUUCCUGAGGGCGACAUAGCUGUACGUGGCGACCGGUGAUAGCAUCGCUCCUCUGGGCAGCAGGGAAGGGUCGAGGAGUUUUCUUUUCUGAUUCAGAACCGCUAAGCUCUCAAAGCGCAGUGUCGUGUUGUAAUUCUGCAAUGAGGGGAUAGAGACCAUGUGCGCCUGUGCGGUCUUGUGCUGUCUUCAGGCUCACUGUUGCUGCCUGCUGGAUCUUGCUUUCCACGCCGAGGGCAAUGGAGAAGCGGAGUGUCUCCCGCAGAUGCUCGAGGGCUUCGUGCAGCCUUUCUUGGUGGAGCGCCCGCUUCUGAGCGAUGAUGUCCUUGCCACGCUGAGCAAACAACACAUGGAAAAUUUCUGUGUGUCCGGGCGCCUGCCGUGGACGUUGCCCACUCUGAUCCGCUCCAGGUACUGCCAGGCAUCAGAUUUUGUAGAAUCAUUUUUCUCAUCAAUUAAAUUAAUGAUUCACAUGUUGUCACAAUCUUUACCUGCCAGUGCUGCCUCCUCUGCCUGAUAUUGUCGGCUAUCCAGGACAUCACCUCCUCACUCGGAAUCUCAGCCUGCAUGAAUUCCUCCCAUGCACACAGCCGUCGGCCAAAGCACCCUUCACCUGUUUCAUUUCGUCAAUCUUUCGAAUGGCAUUCUGCAGGAAGUUUGCCGUCUUGUAGUCGGGCGGCGUCUUGGCGAUGAGAGCCAUCUGUGUUUGGUUGAGGUGCUCCCUCAAGCUGUCCAGCUCGUCUCUGUCCUUGUCGUCAGCGCUAUUGCCCACCGGCUUGAGUGGCGGCACUGCGAGUAGGCUCUGCUCGACGAUGCGGCGGGGGUCCUCUGAAUCGGGGGGGAUGUAGCGCCGGAUCGCAGACGCACCGUCCUGCAUGCAGGAUGACCUGUACGUUAUGCGACCAAGCCGACUCACUGCUCACUGCUUUCCCUGACGAUGUCUGCGCAGAGAGGUAGGCGGGCACCGGGGCACGUGAUAGGGGACAGUAGGCCAAGUUCGGCUCCCUGCGAGACAUAAACACCUUUGUCAGAGACACACAGACUCUUUCCCCUUUACUUGAGCAGGAAUCGGUGAUCGACUUUGAAGUUGUGUUCCGUCGGCUGCUGCCGGCACCGUCUGACGACGCUCUCAGCGAAUGGAGGGUUGCGGCCCUCCGAGAUCUCGUCAAGCAGGCUCGCCAGGCGGUCCUUCUUUGCUGACCCCAGAAUGAUCUGCGAUCGAUAUGCGCGCAGCAUGUUGACUAGCUCCGUGACAAUGUCGCUGCGGAGCGUGACGUAGCAGGGGUCGAGCUCGAAGUGAGAAGCGUACACGUCAAUGGUCAUCUGAACAUGGAUGUGAGAGCGAGACAUGGAUGUCGCCUCUCCUUUGUGUGUCUUACGUCGACGUCAGUGGUGUCUUCUCGGCCGGCCAGGUCGCCGAGUAUCUUCACCAUGGGACUCUUGAGCUCCUGUCGCACACACACGACAGAUGGAUGAGCAGUCGCCCUACGCCACACCCCUGUCUGCCCGAGAUCUCACCGUCCCCACACCACUGAGGAGGUUUCUGCUCUGCACCGACUCGUAGUCAUCGGCGCAAAACAUGUCCAGAAAGACAGCGACCUGUUCGUCCAGGAGACAGUGGAGAGAGGGAUGGACAAAUAAUGACAAUGAAGCAUGGGGCGAGUGGAUGGAUGGAGACCUGCUUGAGGUUUUGCUUGACUUGGUCAUCAAGAGGAGCGUAGUUCAGUCGACCUGACGACGACGCACACAAGUAGAGAGAGUACGGGUACUGUUGGAAAGCUCCCCUGCCAUUUUCUCACGCGUGAAUGAGUCCGGCUUCUCCAGCAGUGGCUUCACGACACCCUGGACAAGGAAGGAACGCAGCGAGGUUGACGACAGCCACCCAGCCAAAGACACUUUCUUCGUGCGUACCAGUAUGACAAGUCUGAUAAGUGGCCACCGCAGCAGCUGGUCCUUGGUCAGUGAGGUCGUCUCAACCACAGGAAAGUGACGCUCGCGGAUGAGGCCCGCCGAGUAGUUGAGCAGCAUUCGCAGCGCCACGGGAAUCUUGGCGGCCAGUGCUGAGAGGCACUGGAUGAUGUUGGUGAGCAUCACCGUCUUGAAGGCGUCCAGCUGCGUGGUGAGGUAAUUGCGCACUCUCUGGUCCUUGGCGUCCUUGAUGUCUGCACACAUCCACACAUCCACGGGCAGCAGGCCGGCCAGCCAUGAGCGUGGACGCAUUGUGUGUGUGUGUGUGUGUGUAAAGGCUGACUGACUGACUCAAGAUCCUCAGCGCGCUGUCGAUGUCAAAGACAAAGUACACGCUGCGCAUCGUCUCCAGCACGCCAGCAAGGGACCUGGACAGACAAGGAGUGACAUUAAAGGAAAAGAGCAGUGGCUGCACCGUGUGUGUCUCACACACGUCUCUGUUUCAUUCUUGUGUGUGGCGAAGCCAUUCAGGCUCAGCAGCGGGGCAGCCAGGUCGCCCGAGUGGGGCUCAUUCAGCGCCAAAUUGGAAAACAGACGAAAGAAUAUCGACGCGCCUGGCUGGAAGGGCAUUUCUGAGACCCGAUGGCCCGACAGUUCAGUGCAUUUCUGCACCUCCCGCCCAGCCACAUAGCAGCAGAGCGCCAUGAACAAGUGCUCAACCCUCGGCACAUGCAGAGAGGCAUAUAGCUGUGUGAACCACACACACACACACACACGCAUAACACCAACGACAUUCGCCGUCAUCGGCUCGGCGUCUCACUUGGGUGGUGGCCGUGAGAAACACUUCCCUCUCCCUCUUGACGCGAGGAGACGCCGACACGCUGCCGUCUGCAGUCACUGAGGGGCAGGGCAGGCUCAAAGCCAGGUUGCCCAGAUACGCUGGCUGCUGCUGCAAGACAAACAUCAGCUCCCGAAGAGCAUGCAGCUUGCGCAGAAGCUCGCUUGGGGCACACUGACGCAAUCUGGACACAGACACACACAGAAUGGCUUGCUUGUCAGACAGAUCAUGGUUGUAGCAGCAUGCCUGCCUGUCUAGGUCUGGCGCCGGGCACCGCAGCCGCCUCAUGUUGGCCAUGCAUUGCAUCUCAACGUCGCUCUGCAGCCUUGCCAGCUGCGUCUCGGGGGACGACAGCGCGGCUAUGUCGGCGAGGAAGCCGUUGUAGGUCGACGUCAGCUCGCCCUGUCACAUCCACACGCGCUAAAAAGUGUCUCUGACCUCUGUCUCUGUCUGAUGUACCUCAACUUCUGCUAGUGUUGCGUCAUCGUACUCCUCAGCCUCGGCCUGAUACGUCCAAAACGAUUGAAAGCCUGCUCAAAUUCUCCACGACACUGACUCACCCGCCGCACCUACCUGUAACAUGCUCUGCAGGGCGGCGAAUGACUUGAUCGACGUGCCCUUCUUGAGAGAUUCAAUCAUCUUGGCUGUCUGCCGAGCCUCCGCCUCCUAUACGGACCAAGGCAGGAGCUCACAAUAACCAGCGUGCGUGCCAGCUCGUGUUAUCUCACCUUGUGUUUCUCAGCCUCUUCCUCUGUCUCCUCACCCUCCUCACCGCCCUCCUGCCUCUCCUCGGCGCCGGCGACGAGUGCCAUGGCCUCCAACGACACCCAAUUGGCUAACACCUAUCAUAUGAGCACGCACCCAUAUGUCGAUGUCUCGGACACACAGGGAAGAUAGGCACGUGCCUUAGUUGGGCUGUGAAUGAUGUUGCUGGAGGUUUUGCGGAUGCCAAGACGGCCAGACGUCGAGGCGCCCCAGGCCAGCAUGUCGCCAGACGAUAGAACAGCUACAGAGUGGUGCGGGCCCGUCGCUACAAGCUCUACCGAUGACUCGAUCAGCUCAAGCGGCUCUGGGUGGUCUACUGUCCCAAACUCUCCACCAAGGCCAAGCUGCCCGUUGCGGUUGUCGCCCCAAGCCCACACCUCUCCCCCUUCCAGCAGCACCAGAGUGUGCUCAUCCCUGCACACCACCUGACGAUACCGAGGCUCCCCGAUCGGCAGCUCAAUGGCAGUGAAGUGGGUGGGCUCCAAGAGGUGAUCGGGCCCGCACACACACUUGUCACGCCCCCACACGUACAGGUCGCCCCUUCGUGUAAUGCAGCAGCUGUGUGACGAGCCGCAAGCAAUCGACUCGCCUUGGACGCUGCGAGGAAGCGGCACCUGAGACAUCCAUCGAUGUGUAAGGCAAUCGAGCAUUCCGGAGACCUCCGUGGAUGUGAUGUUCCAUAUGUCAUCGCUUUCCUUUGUUGGUGUGUAGGCGUUGUCUGUGUGCGAGAGGCCCAGCCGUCCAUAGAAGCCUGCACCCCACGAGCAGACCUCCCCCUGCACAGUGAUGGCCAACAUGUGGUGCAGACCUAGAAGACCAGCAAAGAGACCCAUGUCAGCGCAAGACAAUGCGUCUCACCCGUCCCUCUCACCCAUAGCAAUGCCCUUGAUCGGUGUAUCCAGCUUGACGUGUCUGGGGAUCAGCAGAGACCCCGAGGUCAGAUGCGGCCCGUGCCCCAGCUUCCCCCACUCAGCGCUGCCCCAAGUCCACGUCUCCCCUUGGAUGCAGUCACGCCCGCCAGUGGAUCGCAAGGCGGCAGAGAAGUCCUCCCCACAGGCAACAUCGAAGCAGUCGUGCAGUGUGGGAAUCAGGGUGGGCUCAGAGGAGUCACGAGCCAGCCCUGAACCAGACAUGUAUGCCUCGGCUCUUGUACGGCUGAGAGGCCGUGCUGGGUAGCUUACUUACCAUACCAUUGCCUAACUGGCCGUGCAUGCCUUUGCCCCACGCCCAGACACGCCCGUCGGUCGUGACGGCCAGAGCGUGCUCCGACCCGCAGGACAAGCGACGCACGGGCCGGUCCAAGGUGAGCAGACGAGAGGGCUCCCAGGAAUCCUGCAGCAGGUGCACGUACAAAACAAAGGCACACCAGGUUUCACGUGACGUGCAUAUGUGGUGGCUAUGCUAGAAUGAAUGUCACCAGCGUGGUGCUGUGUCCAAGCAUCUCCGAUACGCCCCAGAGCCACACUUGUCCGGCCUCAGUCACACAUGCUGUGUGCAUUGCGCCGCACGCCACCUGUUCGACCUGCCACGGCGCCGCAUCCUCGUCUUCACCACCAUCCUCCUCGCCCUCCUGCACGAGACACACCAACCACAAGUGCCUGCCAGCUUUGCAUUCCUCCUGAUGUCUCUUGCCUCUUGCUUUACGUGCUCCAGAUCCUCUGGCAAUGCCGUUCCCCGGCUACCCUCGUAGAGAGACGACCGCUUCCUGCUCCGGAAGUAUCCACCGUCAGCCGCACGGCUCGCCGCACCGGCACCACUCUCCUGGUCGCCCGCAGUGAGUAAAGGCAUCCCCUUGAUGCCAUCCAGCCUCUCGGGCGACGGCAGGGUCAUUGUCUGUGGGUGUCCGAGACGGAAGCCCCCGCUGCCCCAGGUAUAUAGCUCCCCGGUCUGCUGUAUGGCUGCAGAAUGGUAAGCGCCGGUGGCAAUCUGAGCAACGGCAAAUCUGAAAGCGGGAAUGAGUCGAGGGCUCGGCACGAGUGAAGCAUGCUCGCUCCCCGGGCGGCUGCCGCCUCCACGGUCUCCUGACGCAUGUUUGGAGAGACCCAGCGCAGUGCCUUUGCCCCACGCCCAGACGCGUCUCCGGCUGGUCAACGCGAGAGUGUGGAAGGUGCCGCAGACAACCUUGAUCACGCAAGUGUGUCGCAAGUCAUCCACUCGGCGAGGAAUCGGUUGAUCACCUGCCUCGCCAUGGCCCAAGCGGCCGAACGAAGCAUUGCCCCUAGGUACAAGACAGGAGGCACGCAGGAAGCUGUGCACCGCACCAGGAGAGGUCUGUAGGGGAUAGUGCUUACUUACCAAGUGUAGAGCCCUCCUGCACGGUCAAUGCAAGCAGAGUGAGCCUCACCGCAGGCCACCAUGACCAUGUGCCCCUCGAUGCCGUCCGUCACCAGCUGGGGUGUCAGCAUCAUCUUGCAGUGCCCGAGACCCAGCCGACCGUUGCUGCCCUCUCCCCAGGCAUAUAGAAGGCCUUCACGGGUGCAGCAGAGAGAGUGCUUGGCCCCGCCCGCACAGUGCACGACGAUCGACCCAUCCCCGCCGGUGACUGGUGUGGGCAGCUCUCCCUCGCCCCUACCCCGUUCGGUGCCCUCAGGAAGCAUGACUCGGCUCGGUCUUGGGCGGUCUUGUGUGUCGCCCUGGCCGAGAUUUCCCCAUGUGCCGACGCCCCAAGACCACAGGCUGCCGUCCUCUGUGAUUGCCAGCGUGUGAUCAGACCCGCAUGCCACUCUCACCACGUUUGCGGUGAAGUCAAUCCUCAGGGGGAAGGAAGGGCACCACGCCUCGUCGCUCCGGGUGGAGAGGCCGCUUACCCACUCCCUCUUCCGUGGUUUCACCCCCGGCACACGCUCAAUCUCUUCCUCUUUCCUCGCCGCCUCGUCUUGGGUAAGGCCCAGACGGCCGCGACUCCCGAGUCCCAUCGCAUAGAGAUCUCCGCCCGCCGCCUCGGCUGCUUUCAGCAGGAUCAUCGAAUGCUGAGAGCCACACGAUACAUGCUGGCCCGUUGCUCCUCUUGGCAAUGAGAUGGGCGCUGGCUGGCUCUGCUCUUUGAUGUUGCGGCCGAGGCCGAGGCAGUUGUGUUUGUUGAGUCCCCACGCCUGGAUGCUGCCGUCAGGGCAGACGAGGAGCGUGUGGUUCAGUCCGCAAGCGACGGUGCACAGCGUUUUGUGCGCAAACGUGGCGCUUUCCGUCUUCAUGUUGGCGCGACUGCUGGUCUUGCGCAUGCUUUCGAAG